GGCGGCGGCGGCAGGAGCAGCAGCAGCAGCAGCAGCGCUGGGCUGGCGGGUUUUGCUGCGAGUUGUUGUUUCCUCCUCCUGCCCGGCGGGGCUUGAAUGGUGGAGCUCCAGCUCUCGCCGCUGCUGAGCUUUACAGUGACAGCUCCUGGGCGAGCGCGCUCUUCAGCUCGCGGGGCCCCGCCGCCGGGGAGCUCGGCCUGAGCCAGCCGGGCUCCGCGGCUCACCAUGUCCGGGGACGGUGGCGGCGGCGGCGGCAACAGCAGGCACACGGCGGAACUGCGAGCGGAGCUCUAUUUCCUCAUCGCCCGCUUUCUGGAGAACGGACCCUGCCAGCAAGCGGCUCAGGUCCUGAUCCGAGAGGUAGCCGAGAAGGAGCUGCUGCCCAAACGCACGGACUGGACGGGAAAGGAGCAUCCCAGGAGCUACCAGAGCCUAGUAAAAUACUAUAGACACUUGGCACCCGAUCAUUUACUGCAAAUAUGCCAUCGACUAGGACCACUUCUAGAGCAAGAAAUUCCUCAGAGUGUUCCAGGAGUCCAAACAUUGUUAGGGGCUGGAAGACAGUCUUUACUUCGCACAAAUAAAAGCUGCAAGCAUGUUGUAUGGAAGGGAUCUGCUCUUGCUGCAUUGCAUUGUGGAAGACCUCCAGAGUCACCAGUAAACUAUGGCAGCCCACCUAGUAUAGCUGAAACUCUCUUUUCAAGAAAACUAAAUGGAAAAUACAGACUUGAACAUCUUGUUCCAACUGCUGUAUAUCAACAUAUGAAAAUGCACAAGCGGAUCCUGGGACACUUAUCUUCCGUAUAUUGUGUAACAUUUGAUCGAACAGGCAGACGGAUAUUUACUGGUUCUGAUGAUUGUCUUGUGAAAAUCUGGGCAACAGAUGAUGGAAGACUGCUUGCUACUUUAAGAGGACAUGCAGCUGAAAUAUCUGACAUGGCCGUUAAUUAUGAGAAUACCAUGAUUGCUGCAGGAAGCUGUGACAAGAUGAUCAGAGUUUGGUGUCUCCGAACAUGUGCUCCUCUGGCUGUCUUGCAAGGCCACAGUGCAUCCAUAACAUCACUACAGUUUUCCCCACUGUGCAGUGGCUCAAAGCGAUUCCUGUCUUCGACUGGGGCAGAUGGCACAAUAUGCUUUUGGUUGUGGGAUGCCGGCACCCUUAAAAUAAAUCCAAGGCCAACAAAGUUUACAGAACGUCCAAGACCUGGAGUCCAAAUGAUCUGCUCUUCUUUUAGUGCUGGUGGAAUGUUUCUGGCCACUGGAAGUACAGAUCACAUCAUUAGGGUUUAUUUCUUUGGAUCAGGUCAGCCAGAGAAGAUAUCAGAGUUGGAGUUUCAUACUGACAAGGUAGACAGCAUUCAGUUCUCUUACACUAGUAAUCGAUUUGUCAGUGGUAGUCGUGAUGGCACAGCACGCAUCUGGAUGUUCAAGAGAAGGGAAUGGAAAAGUAUUUUGUUAGAUAUGGCUACUCGUCCUUCAGGCCAAACGCUACAAGGAGUAGAAGACAAAAUCACAAAACUGAAAGUUACUAUGGUGGCAUGGGACCGUCAUGACAACUCUGUCAUUACUGCAGUUAACAACAUGACAUUGAAAGUUUGGAAUUCCUUCACUGGUCAACUUAUUCAUAUCCUUAUGGGGCAUGAAGAUGAAGUAUUUGUGCUUGAGACUCACCCUUUUGAUCCUAGAGUUCUCUUCUCUGCUGGCCAUGAUGGAAAUGUCAUAGUCUGGGAUUUGGCAAGGGGAGUCAAAAUCCGGUCUUAUUUCAACAUGAUUGAAGGACAAGGACAUGGGGCAGUAUUUGACUGCAAGUGCUCUCCUGAUGGUCAGCAUUUUGCAUGCACAGACUCUCACGGUCAUCUUCUGAUCUUUGGCUUUGGCUCAAGUAGCAAAUAUGACAAGAUAGCGGAUCAGAUGUUCUUUCACAGUGAUUAUCGACCUCUUAUCCGUGAUGCCAAUAACUUUGUGCUGGAUGAACAGACACAACAGGCGCCACACCUUAUGCCUCCUCCAUUUUUGGUUGAUGUUGAUGGUAACCCUCAUCCAUCAAGAUACCAGAGAUUAGUUCCAGGACGUGAAAACUGUAGAGAGGAGCAACUUAUUCCUCAAAUGGGGGUAACUUCCUCAGGACUGAACCAGGUGUUGAGUCAACAAGUUAGUCCUUUGGAUAGCAUGAUACAGAGACUUCAACAAGAGCAAGAUCAGAGGCGUUCUGGAGAGGCUGGAACUAGCACUAACAGAGUUGGCAGAGCCUCUGUGAACUCUACCUCAGAAGUACAUUCACCCCCAAAUGUGGGAUUGAGACGCAGUGGACAAAUUGAGGGUGUGCGGCAGAUGCAUAGUAAUGCACCGAGAAGUGAAAUAGCUACUGAACGAGAUCUGGUUGCAUGGAGUCGAAGGGUUGUGGUACCAGAGCUGUCAACAGGAGUAUCCAGUAGACAGGAAGAAUGGCGAACAGCAAAGGGAGAAGAAGAGAUAAGGAUUUACAGAUCUGAAGAGAAAAGGAAACACAUUGCAAGUCAUGUUCCUAGAGAGAACAAAAUACCUUCUCUACCUAAGAAUCAUUCUCAUGAUCAUAUAUUGGAUGUUGGUGAUGCAAAAAAGCAACAGGCCAACCAACAUAACUACCGUACAAGAUAUGCAUUGGAAGAAACUGCCAGACCAAAUGAAGACAUGGAAAAUGGAAGCAGUUCCUCAGAUGAGGGAGAAGUAGUUGUUGCAAGUGGUGGAACAUCUGAAGAUGAGGGGAAAGCAUGGCACAGUGAUGGCAGUUCUAGUGACUAUUCUAGUGACUAUUCUGACUGGACAGCAGAUGCUGGAAUUAAUCUACAACCACCAAAGAAAAUUCCUAAAAUUAAGACUAAAAAAGUAGAAAGCAGUUCAGAAGAUGAGGAAGGUCCUGAAAAACAAAGACAAAAGCAAAUCCGAAAAGAAAGAAAAAAGGGUAUUGAAGAUAAAGAUGGUCCAACAUCCCCCCAAAAAAGAAAACCCAAAGAGAGAAAACAAAAGAGGUUAGCUGUAGGAGUGCUGGCAGAAAAUGGCUUGACAUUGGAAGAAUGGCUGCCUUCAGUAUGGAUUACAGAUCUUGUUCCCCGCCGAUGUCCAUUUGUACCACAAAUGGGAGAUGAGGUGUAUUAUUUCCGACAAGGCCAUGAAGCAUAUGUUCUAAUGGCAAAGAAGAACAAAAUAUAUAGUAUUAAUCCCAAAAAACAGCCGUGGCAUAAGAUGGAAUUACGGGAACAAGAACUGAUGAAAAUAGUUGGAAUAAAGUAUGAAGUUGGGCUGCCUACACUUUGCUGUCUUAAACUUGCUUUUCUUGACCCAGAUACGGGUAAAUUGACAGGAGGAUCUUUUACAAUGAAGUAUCAUGAUAUGCCAGAUGUUAUAGAUUUUCUAGUCUUAAGACAGCAGUUUGAUGACGCAAAACACAGGCGUUGGAACAUAGGUGAUAGGUUUAGAUCGGUAAUUGAUGAUGCAUGGUGGUUUGGAACAAUUGAAAGCCAAGAACCCCUUCAGCCUGAUUAUCCGGACAGCUUGUUUCAGUGCUACAAUGUCUGUUGGGACAAUGGAGACACUGAGAAAAUGAGUCCUUGGGAUAUGGAGCCUAUACCAAACAAUGGUAUGUGUCUACUUUCCCCUAGAUGUACAGAAAGGAGACAGACCUUACUGUCUGUGUUUCCAGAGGAGCUUGGAACUAGUGUUCCUUUAACUAAUGUUGAAAGCAGAUCAUUGAUCUACAAACCUCUGGAUGGAGAAUGGGGUUCUAGAACCAGAGAUGAUGAAUGUGAAAGAAUAAUUUUAGGGAUAAGCCACUUGAUGACUCUAGAUCUUGCUUCUGCUUUUGUGGCACCUGUGGAUUUCCAAGCUUAUCCAAUGUACUGCACUGUUGUUGCAUAUCCUACUGAUCUCAGUACAAUUAAGCAAAGACUGGAAAAUAGAUUUUACAGGCGACUUUCUUCACUUAUGUGGGAAGUUCGGUAUAUAGAAUAUAAUACACGGACAUUCAAUGAACCAGGAAGUCCCAUUGUCAAAUCUGCGAAGUUUGUUACAGAUCUCCUGCUACACUUCAUAAAAGAUCAGGCUUGCUAUGACAUCGUUUCACUGUAUAAUACAAUGAAGAAAAAAGUCUUGUCUGAUUCAGAGGAGGAAGAAGAGAAAGAUAUUAACAUGCCUGGCACUUCUACUCGAAAGAGGAAGGAUCAUCAGCCAAAGCGGAGGCUACGCAACAGAGCUCAAUCAUAUGAUGUUCAGGCAUGGAAAAGACAGUGCCAGGAGUUGUUAAAUCUAAUUUUUCAAUGUGAGGAUUCUGAACCUUUUCGUCAGCCAGUGGAUCUUCUUGAAUAUCCAGAUUACAGAGACAUCAUUGAUACUCCAAUGGAUUUUGCUACUGUUCGAGAAACACUAGAAGCAGGGAAUUAUGAAUCUCCAAUGGAGUUGUGUAAAGAUGUGAGGCUAAUCUUCAGUAACUCCAAAGUUUAUACACCAUGCAAAAGAUCAAGGAUUUACAGCAUGAGCCUGCGUCUGUCUGCCUUCUUCGAGGAACACAUUAGUUCCAUUUUAUCAGAUUACAAAUCUGCUUUACGCUUUCAUAAACGAAACACAAUUAAAAAAAGGAAGAAAAGAAGUAGAAGCAGUUCUCUUUCUAGUAGUGCUGCAUCAAGUCCUGACAGGAAGAGGCGGCUAAUAAAACCACAGAUGAAAGCUGAAACCCCUUCUGCGCCUUCAUCCUCUGCACCUGUACGCUCAACUUCCUUGAGAAACAUUGCUGCACAGAUGAAUGGAAAAGCAGCUGACUCUGCCACUCUGAUCCGGACAAGGAGCACUAGGGCAGUGACAGAAAUGGCUGUAAGUGAACAACCAUCUACUUCUUCAGGAGGAAAGCCUUUAACUGUGAAACCUAGUGCUACUGUUCCAUCAGGGAAAUCAGUACUGGAGAAUUCUACCAAACAUUCCAAGAAUCAGAAUAUUUUAUCAGUUCCUAAUCAAACCAAUUACACUCACAACACUAGGAAUAAUACUGCAAAAGAAAACGUGGAGAAAGAGAAACCAAUUAAACGUAAACCAAAAUCAUCUGCUGUCAGCCCACAAGCAGACUGCAAGAAUAAUGCCAUGGCUGUAGCAACAGGAAGCAUCCAAGUAAACGGACAUGGGGGUCAAUCUUCAAAGCCUGCACUUAAGAGAGGCCCUGGGCGGAAACCGAAGAUUGAGACGAAUAACAGUAGCUGUGAAGUGGUUCACAAGAAAAGAGGGAGGAAACCAAAAAAUCUGUUACUUGCUCAGCAAAAGGACUUGGGGCAGAACUCAAUCCAAGCUACUAAAGACUUGAUAGUAGAGGAAGCAUCAGUUUCUACUGCAUGCAAUUCUCUUUCUGAAAAUAAUGUGAAGGAAGACUUGUUGCAAAGAAAAGGGCGCGGAGGCAGGAAGCCUAAAAGAAAGCCACAGGCACAAGAGCCAGGACUGGAACUUACAUUUUCUGCAGAUCCUAAAAUUCAGACAAGAAGCAGGAGGAAAAAAACAGAUGAGCCUGUUGAAGAGGAGCCUGAGGAACUUAAAGAGUCUGAACCCCACAUGAGAACUAGAAACCAGGGUAAAAGGACAGCCUUUUACAACGAGGAUGACUCAGAGGAGGAGCAGAGGCAACUGUUAUUUGAAGACACCUCUUUGACUUUUGGGACAUCUAGCAGAGGCAGAGUCCGGAAAUUAACUGAGAAAGCAAAGGCUAAUCUGAUUGGUUGGUAACUUCAGCAUUUAAGAAUGCUAAGAAACAGGUACAACAAAGGAAAGUGGAACUAAGGAUAUCUGCCUUCUGCUGCUAUUUCCAGAUGAGAAUGAGAAUAUGCGCUGAUUUGAAAAAGUAUAGCAAAAACAAACUCAAAAUUUCUUUGAAAGAAGUAUGCAUUUUAAACUUUUGCUAUUUAUUGCCCUCUAAGUAGGUUAUGCAUUUCAAUUCACUUUGUCCAGCUGAUAUUGAAGAUUGUAUAAAUAAAAUUCUUGAUUUGCAGAAAUGUUACUGUAAUUUUGAGCAGUACAUAAUCUCUAUUUGAUUAAAAAGAUAAUAGAAUUUUUAAUGUUACAGACUGAGAGCAGAACUCCUAUUUUUUGAAUGAGCAAGGUACAAUACAUUUGUAUAGAGUGUAGUAUUUGUUUUUUGCAGGAUAUUAGCAAAGUGUGGCAGUAAAUGCCACUGAGGACAUACAAAAUUACCAAACUUUCCUAAUGAGAUAACAUUUAAUUUCAGUAAUAAUCGGGCACACAGCUUUGUACAGACAAACCUAGUGCAGGUUAUUGGUUUAUCUAGGAUCUGCCAAACAGAGAGAAAUCACAAUAUAUAUAUAUAGAUAGAUAUAUAUCCACAUUGGAAAAAGUUUGACUAAUAUGUCUAAUUCUUCAGACCUUCAUUCUUGUAUCAAUCAAAUCUCUGUUUAUUGUGCCAAAGACUGAGAACCAGUGCAGUAGAAAAGUUCUGUGUCAGUUCAGCAUACAGUUUUCAAUUAUGCUUAUGAUUCCAUGUUUUAAAGAUACAUUGUCCUAAGAAAUUAUUGGUACUUUUUUGUAGAAAGCAAUUAAUGCACUGGUUGAGUCCUUUGACAGAUGUGUAGACAGAAUUUAUAACUGGGUUAAAGGAUUCAAGGAAGCUGCAGGAAAAGUGUGGGAUUCUGAUAUUUACUUUAUGAUCCAAAUUGUUUCUACAAAUUGUGUUAAACUAUCUAAAAUUACUUUCAAAAGAAGUGUAUGUGUAUGUAUACCUUGAGUAUGUACACAAGCACAUGAAUAUAUACAAUACUACCCAGGUAUGGUUUUUAUCAGGAUUUUUUAGCUAGUACAAGAAUUUUAAAAUGUCACACUUUAAUUUUAAGGGGAAGAUUGGUUAUUUUCAAUUAUUAAACAUAAAACGGCCAAAUCACUUUUUAUGCAAUCAUGUUUUAUACAGUGUUCUCAUUGCACAUUGUUUUUCUGCACUUUUUACAGUAUACUUAUCAAGCUGACGGAAGUCAAUAUAUACAUCCUAAAGGAAAAUCCCACUUAAUAAUUGUGCCUUGUAUUCUAUAAUUUCGUGCAUCCUUAGUAAACUUAAGUUGUCUAUUGUAAAUGAUGACUAUAUGACUUAGGGGAAUGUAUUGCUGUAUGUACUGCUAUGGAAAAGAAACAGUUAUUUAUUUGUUUAUGGUACAUUUACUUAUUUUAUACCUUAAAAACAAACUUUAAUACAAUGUUUAUUGUUUAAAAGUAUAGUCCAAUUUAAAAGAAAAAACAAAAUAAGAUAUAAAACAGUAGCAUGGUACAAAAAUGUAACCACACUUUUAAUUUAACUCACUUUUGGAGAAGGCGGAAGGUGUGCAAAUGAAUGUUGGGUUUUCUUUUUAAACACCCUGGCUGUGUUUAGCAGUGAGUUGCCUCUGUGUUUCAACCUACCAAUCCCACAGAUAGUUGGUGCUCUUAGGUUUAGCAGUGCUAAUUAGCUGCUUGGAGAGUGACGAAUUGAAUCUAAUCUCCUAUGCUUCCACUGGUGGGGAAGGUUAAAGGGUAGGAGCUGUUUUCCACUCUUCCAAAUAGAUCGUUGGUACUGUCAAAGGAGGUGGCACUAACCAUUUGUGCUGUUAUGUGCAGAAUUUCCAAUCCAAUUUGGGAACUGUAGGCAGGUUCAGUUGUGGGAGCAAUAUGUAUAGCUUCUUUUGUGCACAUGGUUCCCAGUUAAAUGGUGAUGCACAUGUGCUUUCAUUUGCAUAUUGCACACACUGAAUGGUCAUCUGAGAUUUGAAGCUAGCAGUCUUGAAUUCCAACAGUGUAAAAAAAUACUUCAUAACAACUGGUUCUUUUUUCUGAUUUUACCACAAAAUACUCAUAAGCAUAAACAUCCACUUUUUCUGAGGUUGCUAAUUAUUGUCAGAGUUGAGCCAAUUUAGGAUAUUUUGGGACAUGGAAGAUUUUGGGGGGUUGGCUGCUUACUCCCCUUUAUUUGUCUUGGUUAAAUAUAUAAAGAGAGAGCACUUGAUCUUUCAGAACGGUUGAGCUGUCUCGCAGUUUCAUCUAAGAUGGUUGUUUUUUCAAAUCAUGACGUAGAGGGCAAUCCUCCGAAUCCUACUGGCACACAUCCCCCUUUCAAUAGUGUUUUAAAGAAAAGUAAGUGAAAUACCAUAACUGAUUUUUUAAUGGGGGAUUGGACUUUCAUUUAUAUGUGUCUUUAAAAAAAAAGAAAACAAAAAAUGUGUGUUUUCACUUACUAUUGCAGGCAUUAAACAUGAACACAUUAAGGUGGACUAUGUACAGUGAUAUAUCUUGUUUCACAUUUCACAAUGGAAGCCUUAUAGCAGAUUUAAAUUGUCCAUUUUGAGAAUCUCACUGUUGAAGGCAAUCUAUUUCAAAUGUGCAAUUUCCUGAGGUUAUCUGCAUUGUAAUGUAAAAGAAAUUGCCGAAGAAACAUGAAACUCCAGUGCUGUAUUUACUCCAUUUAUUACUGUCCCACUUGGCAUGUUUAUGUAUAUAAUAGUUAUUUGCAGCAAGUUAUGUGUAUGUGAUGUUGGAGAAUGGAAUAGGUCACACAACCAUCACAAUGUCCAAAAAUUACACAUUUCAAAAACAUGAGAUCUUAUUUGCAGUACAUAAAAAUAUUUUCCCCUUUCAUGAAUAAUCUGUUCUAGAAAGAAUUCAUGUUGACCUUAUUUUUUCUAACAUUAUUUUAGUGGUUUUAUUUGUAUGGAAACACCACUUAAGAAUAGUUGUGUUAGGUUUUCUGCAUAAGAGCUUUAGGUUGUAUUUGACUUAAAUUACUGGCAUUAGUUUUAUUUGACUGUUUUACAGAAUACUACUUACUGUAUCAACACAAAGCAAGCGAGCUUUUGAUUUCAGCAUGAUUGAAUAUGAGCAAUAAAUACUGGUUCUUGGCUUUGGAAAACGCUAUAAUGAAAUGUUAUGGAUAAUGCUACCAUAAGCAAAAUGUAAUAUUUAUUGUAUGGCAUGCUUAAAAUGGGAAAUACUAUGUAAAUGCUACUUCGGUUGGCAACUACAGCUUUUCACACAAGCAGUUACCUUACAAACCUGGCAGUAACGAUCACAGAUGUAGAAAUUCAGUCUGCUGAUACAGUUUCUGAUAUAGGGUGAUCUAUCAGUUCCACAGUGUUGCUCAUUAAAUUAUUUUCAACACUUAACUUCUGGCUACCACGUAGUGGUGUCUGAUGGAGCAUCCCAUGUCUUUUGUUUGCAAAGUAACUGUUACCCAUAUACUUUCAUUUUCACUUCAGAAGUUGUAGCUCUCUCUUCUCUUCCCCCCCCCCCAGGUUUGGUAAAUCUUUGGAAAACAGAGGUGGAUUUUGUGUCCCAGGAAUUAAACUUGGAUGACCUCAGUUCUGUCAUUGGAUAGAUCCUUUAAUAGUGUUAUGAGUAGUGAUGCAAUUUGACAAGAAUCAUCUUCCUAUAGAGAUUAGAUUGCUAUGCUGUAUAUUUGCACACAAUUAUGUGUUCCAUGCACUUACUUUGGAUUAAUUUAUAAAAUACGCAUGCAGCAUUUGGUACAUACCAACUUUUAAAAACAAUGGGUGCAUGCAUACAUACAUACAUGAGAGAGAUUGCUGUAAAGGAUUUGUACACCGCCUAGAGAUUUAAUAUCAGGCGGUAUAAAAAUAUGAUAGAUAGAUAGAUAGAUAGAUAGAUAGAUAGAUAGAUAGAUAGAUAGAUAGAUAGAUAGAUAGAUAGAUAAAUAAAUAAAUAAGAUGUUUUCAAAAUAUUGUGCUGUGCUUCAGUACAUCUGAAGUCAUUGUUAUAAUUGUAGAUCACAAUCCAGAACUCCAUGCAUGCACACAUAGCUCUCACAUGUUGAGUUGUGAAGGUUGCAGAUCCCAGUGUGCUGAAGAACAUGCAUACUGCUCUACUUUCACUCGGAUGAAUCAAAAGGCUGUAAUGUAUAAGGUUAUGAUUCUGAUAUGCCAAAAUUGCUCUUACAUGCACAUUCUUGAAUGGCAAUAAAAUCUGCAACCAAGUGAAAUUGAAGAACUUGGAUUUAAAUUGACUCUUUUAUUUAAAAUCAAGUUCCACUGUGUUUUUAAUGUAAUUUUUGUUUAAAAGUGCUUAGGAUGUCUGCUGAAAUCUUAAAAAUCAUUGGGACAAACUUGGACCUAAACAGAAACACCUUGAUUUAAGUGGAUUGUGCGUCAGAUAUUGACCAGCUAAAGCAUUUUAGCUGUCUUCUAGGUCCACAGAAAUUGUGUGCUAUGCAGUUAAUUAGGCUAGAGCAUUGGUUACAAAAUUGCUUUUUUAGCCCAUAUUGACUGAAUUCAGUUUUAAUCAUUAAUAGACCAUGUUGCAUUAAGGUCAUAAAUAGCUGAAAUUCAUAGAGUACUACAGUUACAUAACCUCCGUUUAUUUUGAAGUUUGCUUGCAUUAAAACUACGUGCAAAUGUCUAGGAUUUGAGGGAUUGUAGACUGCAUCCAGGGGUGACACAAGGAAUAUAAUCAAAAGUAUGUGCAAAUCCAUUCUCUCCCCCACCCCUGCCCACCUUUUAGCAUUUCCCCUGCUAAUUCCCAAACAACCCAGGUUUUGUGAUGGGGCAUACAAGCACAGACUGCCAUCAGUGUUUUUAAAUGUAACUUCAUUAACAUCAUCCAUAACUAUCUUCUUCAUAGAAUUUCUUAACGUCAGAACUGAAACAAAAGCUCACUUUCUCCUUGUGUACUGCUUAGUGAAGGUUUAGGGCACAGUCCAGUCACCCUCUGCAGAGCACAUGCAAGAGUUUCCUGGCCACAGUUCUCUCCCUGUAGGCAGGCCUACACGGUGAGAGCUGCACUCAUGACACAGCUGCACACGCCUAGCAUGGCAUGUAAGGGACUGACUGGAUUGAGCCCUUCCUAUAUUUUUAUAUAACAUCUGUCUCUUAAUCUUGCACUUCUUGUAAUUGGACCUAAGCAGUCAUCUGAUAAAAGGGCUGUUCAGUUUUUGCUGUAAAUAUUGUACAUAUAUGUUUAUACUUCAGAGAAAUGGUGUACAUUUCAUAUAUAGUGGCCAAGUCUGAAAAUUUAUUUCUAAUAUAACGAAUCCGGUAUUACAUUUUUGAUGAAUUAACUUCACAUGAUUUGCAUUUUAAUCAAGAUGAUUUUUAAUUACUAUUGAGAAAGUGGUGAAGCAAAAUUUACUUCUGCAGGGGAGUAACAGCAGGAGAGAAGGCAUGCCCUCAACGCCUGCCUGUGGCUUCCAGCAGCAUCUGGUGGGCCACUGUGUGAAACAGGAUCCUGGACUAGAUGAGCCUUGGGCCUGAUCCAGCAGGGCUGUUCUUAUGUGUCUUUUAUGUGCCUGUUCAGUUCAGAACAUUUUAGAAUAUACCCUAUUUCAGAAAGGUUUCAUUUAUUACAGUUUUUUUGCAUUUAACACUGAGAGAGAGAGAACACACUUUUAAAGACUGUAAUAGCAUUCACUUUGCAGUUACAAAGCCCAGGCCCAAAAUCUCAAUUUUUAAAAAGGAAAAUAAUUCAGGAGCCAUUUAUAUCCAUUUAAAUAAAAAUAAUCCCUUUUGUUUGGGUACAAAAAAAUGGAGCAAAUGCUAAAUAUUGGGAUUUCUUAUGAAUGCAGAUAACAGAUAUAUAAAAGUGAAUUUCAUAUCUGGGUGAAAAACCGUCCUAGAAAUUACACCUUGUAAAGACAAAAUACUAACACCAAAUUUGUACAUUUGCACACAAGGCAUUUAACAUGGUAUAUGUAUCUGAGACACAUGUUUAAAGAGAAUAGUCUGCUGACACACAUUGCAAAGUUACAUUUUUGAACCAUAACACUGCAAAACUUGAAAAGUAUGUUUCUGAGCAAAUUAUUUAAAUCCUUCCACUUAAAAUGUUGAGAUGUAUAAUGUAGCGCAACAUAAGGAAAUUGUCUGGAACAUUUAAUUUUGAAACUGACACAUUUUAAAGCUCUACUUAUUUUGUACAGUAUGAUGUAAACCCCAAGCUUGUUUCUGUAACAUAACAUACAAUUUUACAAAAAUUUAGGUUUUGUCAAGGUUCAUUUCUCUUAGAAAUCUGCUUUAUCAUGUUAUAAAGUGCAGUCUCUUACCUGGAUGAAGAGUGCCCUUUCUUUUUGUACAUAUUGAUUGAAACUUUUAUGUGAAAACACCUAUGUUGGUUUUGAUGAAUAAUACUUGGAAUCCUUUUAUACAAACUAGAAUGUAUGUGUAAGAAUUACUGUCACAGCAAUGUAGUAACUACAAACUUAUUUUUAAAUAAAUAGAAAACUCGUUUUUCUAAA